AACGACCAACUUCCCAAAAACAUGCACACAUAUAAGUAUAAGCAAUGGGGACUCUCCUCACGUUAUUGGAAUAGUGUGAGCCUCACAUCAAACUGAUUAAAAUUGACACACUCUGCAUCCCCCAAUCUUGCUUUAUUUAUUUCAGCCAUGGCUGACGCGGAGGCGGCAGAGAUGACGAGCGCCGAUCAGCCUCCCAAGGUGAUCACCUUCCUGUCGCGUCUGCUGCAGAGGGUGGCGGAGUCCAACGAUCUCCGCCGUGGGAUUCACCGGGGGCCGGAGAGGAUCUCCGCCUUCCACGGCCUCAGCAGACCCACCAUCUCCAUACAGAGUUAUCUGGAGAGAAUAUUCAAGUACGCCAAUUGCAGCCCCUCCUGCUUCGUGGUGGCCUACGUUUACUUGGAUCGCUUCGUGCAGCGCCACCCGUCUCUCCCCAUCACCUCCUUCAACGUUCACCGCUUGCUCAUCACCAGCGUCCUGCUCUCUGCCAAGUUCAUGGACGACAUGUAUUACAACAAUGCAUACUAUGCAAAGGUAGGAGGGAUAAGCACAGGAGAGAUGAAUCUGCUAGAGGUGGACUUCUUGUUUGGAAUAAGCUUCCAAUUAAAUGUGACACCCACCACUUUCUACACCUACUGUUCUUUCCUCCAAACACAAAUGCUUCUCCUCACUUCUUCUUCUCCUCCUCCUCCCCCUCCCCCUCCUCAUGAACAUCAUCUUCCUCUAAAGCCCCAACAGUACUGCUGCUUCAGUGAUCAAGACAAUAAUCAUCAUGAUGAUCAUCAAAGCCAGCUCACUGUCUAAAUUUUAAAAACCACAUACACAUGAUCCAACCCAUGACCUAAAUAUUGUGCACCAAAUCCAAAAUAUCCAAUGGGGGUACUGUUUUUUCCUGCAGAUUGCUUGAUUUGAGACCAUACUGAAGUCACACCCCCAGUUUGGCUUCUUGGGUUAAUUUCGAGCCAAUGGGCUUUUGACACGUGCAUGCUCGGUCAAUGGGCCGGUGCAAGUUAAUCUAUUUUCCUAUUUUACCCCUCAUGCACCUACCUCAAUCAUUCCUUUUUGUUUUUGUUUUUAUUUUUGUUUGAGGAUUAAUGUGUUGUAGCUGUAACCUCAGAGGUAUACACAUGCAAGCAAAUGGAGAUUUUUUUUUGGUUCUUAUCUUCUUUAUACAGUCUGGCUGGAUAAGAUGUAUGAUGAAAUAUAUAUAUAUAUGGAACAUGGUGUGGUC